UACUGAAUGAGCGUCAGUGUUUAGCUUGGCUUGACAAGUUUCCCCGGACGAUCAUGGGAAUAGGAGUGUGUAUUUAGUUGACAGAUCAAUAGAAAGUUGCUGCUAACUUUGUACCUCUUUUGGAUCGAAGUGGGAUUAAGCGUUCUGGCAAAUGUAGGGGCGUGAGAAGUUUGGAUUUUUACUCUGUGCGAUUCGUAAACCAGUAAAAUCUGAAGUGGAAAUCCAAGCACAAGAGUAAAGAUGAACAGUCUGUCUUUUGACGAUGCUUCGUUGGAUAAUCUGGAUCCGACACUGUCGCUUAAUGACCCCAGCGAUAUUGACACGGCUCUCCUGAGCGACAUUGAUGACAUGUUACAGCUCAUCAAUAACCAGGACAUGGAGUUUGGUGGACUCUUUGAUGCCCCUCCAUACACUGGACCUCCUCCAACCCAAGAGGUUCCUGGUCUAAAUCAGCCCAUCACCUCUGUCGCUCCUCCCUCCACCACUACCACAGCACCAUCCUCCUCUUCUUCUUCCAUCCUAAGCAGUAGCCCCCACCUGGAUGCACUCUUGGGUCCUCCCAUCACUCGUAGCUCCUCCACCCCAGACAAGGCCUUCCAGCCUCCCACCUUUCAACAGUCCCCACUGGCCCAGGUACCCAGCUCCACCCCAAGGCAGCAGCCGACCUCCCCACAGCAGACUCAGAGCCUUAGGCAGUCUAAGGUAGAACAGCCUCAACAGAUAGCCAGCCCACCGGUGCCAGCUCAGACAGCUUCACCUCAUGGCUCACCAGGAACGACCCAAGCUUUCAGCUCUACACCCCAGGCCCUCUUCAGCUCACCGGCAGCUCAGACAUCCCCACAGCCCCAGACACAACUGCAGGCCCAGGCUCAGCCCCAGCAGACUCGGACCAACUACAGCAGCCCAAACAGCUACACAGCUGCCUGUCCAGUUAGUGUUAGCCAACCUGCUACCAGCUUAUCAUCUUCACCUCCAAGUGUUCAGCCAGUUGCAAUUCAGACUCAACUCCAAGGGCUGACCACCACCUCUCCUCUCCUGGCCACAUCAGCAAGCCCACCAACUCAAACCAUCACACCCCACGUUCAACAAGUACCUGUUUUGCUGCAGCCCCAGUUUAUUAAGGCGGAGUCUUUGCUUUUGACCACCCUGAAGCAUGACCCCUGCAUCGUCACUACAGUGGCAUCGCCCACGUCUUUGGCCACCACUACGACCCCAGUACAGAGCACUUCACUGCAGGCCUUUAUGGGCGGUGGCACCAUUCUCACCACAGUGCCUGUUAUGGUGGAUGCAGAGAAGCUGCCAAUCAACCGCAUUGCCAUCAGUGGUAAACCAGCCGGUCAGCCUCACAAGGGGGAAAAGCGCACUGCCCACAAUGCCAUCGAGAAGCGCUACCGGUCCUCAAUCAAUGACAAAAUUAUUGAGCUCAAAGACCUGGUAGCAGGCACCGAGGCCAAGCUUAACAAAUCUGCAGUACUGAGGAAAGCCAUCGACUACAUCCGUUACUUACAGCAGUCCAACCAGAAACUCAAACAGGAGAAUAUGGCUCUUAAAAUGGCAGCCCAGAAAAACAAGUCUCUCAAAGACCUAGUUGCCAUGGAAGUGGACGGACCGGCUGAUGUAAAGAAUGAGCUGCCCACUCCACCAGCAUCUGAUGUGGGCUCCCCCACCUCUUUCUCACACUGUGGCAGUGACUCAGAGCCAGACAGUCCAAUGGGAGAGGACACAAAGCCAAAUGUGAGCAUAUUGGAUAGAUCAGCAGCAGGGGGAAGUGCUGGUGGCAUGUUGGACCGUUCCCGGAUGGCCCUGUGCACCUUUACCUUCCUCUUCCUUUCACUCAACCCUUUGGCUGCCCUGUUCUGCUCAUCCAGCAGCAGCACAGCUGGAAGCAGUACAGCCGCCACCCAUCACACAGGCAGGAACGUUCUGGGCGUCGACAUUACAGCUGACUCAUGGAGUUGGAUGGACUGGAUGCUGCCCACUAUACUGGUAUGGCUACUGAAUGGUAUUCUGGUAUCGGGGGUUCUAAUCCGACUGCUGGUGUAUGGAGAGCCAGUGACCAGACCGCACUCAGGAUCUUCUGUUUUGUUCUGGAGGCACCGUAAACAGGCCGACUUGGACCUAGCUCGAGGGGAUUUCGCCCAGGCCAGUCAGAACCUGUGGACUUGUCUCAAAGCUCUUGGUCGUCCCUUACCUACCUCCCAGCUCGACCUGGCCUGUGCAGCGCUGUGGUCUCUCCUGAGGUUCUGCCUCCAGCGCCUCUGGGUGGGCCGUUGGCUGGCUGCCAGGGCAGGAGGCCUGCGCUCUGACCGCCCCCUGCAGGAGGAUGCGUGCAAAAGUAGCCGUGAUGCUGCUUUGGUUUACCACCGCCUCCAUCAGCUUCACAUGACAGGUAAGCUGAAUGGAAGUCACCUCUCAGCAGUACAUAUGGCUCUGAGUGCAGUGAACCUGUCUGAGUGUGCUGGCUCCUGUCUGCCUGUGGCCACUCUGGCCGAGGUCUACGUCUCUGCAGCUCUGCGUGUCAAAGCCAGCCUGCCGAGGAUUCUGCAUUUCACUUCUCGUGUGUUCCUGAGUAGUGCCCGCCAGGCAUGUCUGUCAUCCAGUGGCAGUGUGCCUCCAGCUAUGCAGUGGCUCUGUCACCCACUGGGUCACCGCUUCUUUGUGGAUGGAGACUGGGCUAUUCGCAGCACUCCUAAAGAAAGUAUUUACAGUCAGGCUGGCAAUACAGUGGACCCUCUGGCUCAGGUGACUCAGGCUUUUAGAGAGCACCUCCUGGACAAGGCUUUGUACUGUGUGGUCCAGCCUCAAGGGGAGAAAAGGCCAACCCAGGGUGAAGGGGAGUAUGCUGAUGCCCUGGAGUACCUCCAGCUGUUGAUCAGUGCAUCAGAUGCUGCUGGUGCCACUUCUCAGUCAUUCGCUAUUGGCUCCAACAUGGCUACUGUGACUGGCUGUGACCCUCACUCAAAGUGGUGGUCCUCAGUUGCAGUGGUGAUAAUCAAUUGGCUCCAAGGAGAUGAUGCUGCAGCAGAGAGACUGUACCCAACCGUAGAGCACCUGCCACGUAGUCUACAGAAUGCCGAGAGUCUUCUGCCCAAGGCAUGUCUGAACACAUUCAGGGCGGUGCGAGCUCUGCUGUCCAAGCCAGAAAACUGCCAGCUGAGUCUGAGCUACAGUGACAAGGCCAGCGCCCUGCUCCGAGACAGCCUCAACCUAGGACCACACUGCCACAGCUCCAGUUUAGACAAGGUGAUUCAGUUGCUGUUGUGUGAUCUGCUGUUGGUGAUGAGGACCAACGUAUGGCGUCUACAGCAGCAGGGGACAAGUCCCGGGGGUCCAGUGUCUGCGGGUCUCAGUGGACCUGCAGGGUUGCACCAGGCCUCUCCACCAGAGCUCCAAGGCUUUCAGCAAGAUCUCAGCUCCCUGCGCAAGCUAGCCCACACCUUUAGACCGGCAAUGCGGAGGUUAUUCCUUCAUGAAGCUACAGCCAGGUUGAUGGCAGGGGCCAGUCCCACCCGCACACACCAACUCCUGGAUCGCUCACUGCGACGCAGAGCAACGCCUGGUGCCAAGACAGAGGAGUGUGAGACGCGGCCAGGGCAGCGCGAGCAGGCAGAGGCUGUGAUGUUGGCGUGCCGCUACCUGCCUCCCUCCUUUCUGUCGGCUCCCGGCCAAAGGGUGGGCAUGCUGGCGGACGCAGCCCGUACCCUGGAGAAGCUGGGAGACAAGAGGACCCUACACGACUGCCAGCAAAUGAUCAUCAAGCUGGGGAGCGGCACUACCGUCACCAACAGCUAGAGAGAAAGGACAAGGGGAGGGGCUGACAAACAUGCAUGGACACUGUAUAUAGACACAUCUCUAACACACGGAAACACACACAGACAGAAAACAGCAGGCAGUCUCUGGUUUUUUGACGUGCAGCUAUUGUUCACAUUUGUUAAACUACACGGAUUUGUAUCGAACCUCAAAGAUUUUCUCCAUGGUCCCUCCCAUUCCCCCAGCCCCACAUCUGCAGGCACUUCUAGAGUUCACAUCUGGUUUUUAUGGAUUAUUACCAGACCGUAAGAAGUAUUUUUCUCAGAAUUUCAUUUGCAGUGCCAGCGUCUGACCAUAGUGAGGCACCAUCACUUCUUCUGUGCAGAUGGUGUGAAUGAGUUGGUCAUGUGUGAAAGGAUAAUGGACAGAUCUGCCCUGUUUUUAUUCAGUCUAGUCCCUUCCCUGUGUCUCUCGAUACAGACACACUUUCUACUCAGUGGAGGGGCUGAUCUGAUUAGUUGCGCAGUAAGGUGUCUCCUGUUUGUGGGAGGAAAAUGGCCAAACUGUGGCUGACUCCAGUGGGAAGUCACAGGUUGUUCAAAGUUGAUGUGAAUCAUGUUUCACUUUAACUGAGCAGUGGCAAAAUGCUGCAUAAGCCCAGUGUCCCUAUCUGCACUAGCCUCCAAAGGCUGAUUUCAAUGAGAUGAGUAAUAAUAUGGCUUUAUAAGGUUAUUUUCAUGAGUUUUUUUUUUUCUUGUUUUGCUGUGUAAAUAUUUUAAAGUGUAUUUAUAAUCUGUAUGAACUUUGAUUAAGCAGUAUUUUGCAUAAGCAGAAAGAUAAAAUGCUUAUAUUUGCCCCUAAACCUGUUAAAUAGGUAGCAUUUGAUCAGGCUCGUAUCAUGUUAUUGCCAUAGUGAUGAAAGGGGACAGUACUGGGUAUCAGUAUCAUCUGACUCUGACCUUUGGAACUGUUGCACACGUAUACAACUGAUAGCAAAAAAAGGUAGGCAGUGCCCAAGUUUGACAUCACCAACUUACAGCUCGGAAUUAAUAUGAAGCUUUGAGUUUUCGGCAACAAGUUACACAAAUUGGUUAUAAAAAGUCAAAAUAACUGAUCAGUUCUUUACCCAAAGAGGGCCUGUUGUGUAAUCUGCUUUGUAGCUCCAACAUUAAGAGCAAUGCUUGCUCUUUCAGUCAUUUUAGUUUCAUGCUCAUAGAGAACCACCAUUUGUUGAUUUCUAGACAACUGUAAGAAGAACGUGACUUUUUUUUUUUCUUUUUAUCCAGGACCAGUAUGUUUAUAGUGUGUAACUAAUGUGAGACCUGAGAGGUGGUAGUUUGAGAUGAGAAUCAACCACGUCAAAAGAUCAUGUUUGUAUGUCCUUCAACUGACAUCUUUUCAUCUCUUCUUUCUUUCAUUUAUUCGUUUAUGAUGUAAAUAUUAAAAUAUUUUGUAAAGAACA